ACGGUUUUCAUCUCCUGUGGGUUGGAGAACAGCGCAGCUAGCUGGUGGCUAACGGGGCUAGCAGCAGCGUUUCUUUGAUUCGCACAGUUCUAAAGACGCGAUUAUUUUAAACUCAGUGUUGACGCGUGAUUGUUCGGGACGUUAUUAAAUCUUCAAACUCCUCCAGACACCGUUUCACUCUUCGUUUGGCUAGAAACUGCUGAACCAUGUACAAUGGGAUCGGCCUCACGACUCCGCGGGGCAGUGGCACCAACGGUUACGUCCAGCGAAAUCUGUCGAGCCUUCGGGUCAAACGGCCACGAGAUGAACGUGGUGGCGAGCGGGACGAGAAGGACCGCGAGAGGCUGGAGAGUCAGCUGAACCGGCAGCCCAAUGCCGACAUCCUGGAGCACCAACGCAAGAGGCAGCUGGAGGUCAAGUGUGCCGAGCUGCAGGACAUGAUGGAGGAGCAGGGGUAUUCUGCAGAGGAGAUCGAGGAGAAGGUGAACAGUUUCCGCAUGAUGCUGCAGGAGAAGCAGGAACCAACACAGGCCUCCACCGAGAGACCAACGGUGACGGAGACUCAUGCUCUCGCCGCUGCCAACCAGCAGAAAAACGACCGACUUCGCGCCGCUUUCGGCAUCUCCAGCGACUAUGUGGACGGAUCGUCGUUCCACGCCGACCGCAAGGAGAAAGAAAAAGAGAAGCGAGAGCAGGAACGCCUUGAGAGGGAAAGACUGCAGCAGCAGAAAUAUACGUUGGUGGAAGAUUCAGAGGAGUCGGAUUCUCCUCCCAAGAAACGCAGCCGGAAGAAGAAAAAGAAAAACAAGAACAGAGACAGCUCAGAGAGUCCGUCACCGUCUCCUCGCAGAGAGAAGAAGAAAUCCAAAAAGAAGAAAAAGAAACGUGAGGUGUCGGAGGAGGAAGACGACAGCUCCUCAGAUGAGAAACAGAAAGUGUCAAAGAAGAGCAGAAAAAACAGCGAAAGCCCUCCGAAAACAAAGUCGACGCGGCACCGAAGCAUCUCGUCCAGCUCCGCUCACAGCCAAUCUCCACCUCCGUUGAGAUCACGUCAGCAGGACCAAACCACGAGAAACGAAGGUAGAAAAGGCCGAUCGCCGGACAGGAGGAGGCGAAGCUACGAGGAGCCGAGUCCACAGCGUCACGGAGGCGACGGGAAGAGGCCAGAUCUCGAGAGGGAAAAAGAUCGACAGAGUAGGACAGAGAAAACCUCCACGAAGAGGAGACAUGACUCCUCCUCAUCACCUUCUCCUCCACCACAGAAAACCAACGAGAGGGAAAAAGGAAGGAGGUCCAGGAGCAAACAGCAGGAGAGCGACAAGGGGAGGCGUUCAAGGAGCUUAGAGGUGGAAAAGAGGAGGUGUUCAAGGAGCACAGAGGCGGAAAAGAGGAGGCGUUCAAGGAGCAUAGAGGUGGAAAAGAGGAGGCGUUCAAGGAGCAUAGAGAUGGAAAAGAGGAGGCGUUCAAGGAGCAUAGAGAUGGAAAAGAGGAGGCGUUCAAGGAGCAUAGAGGUGGAAAAGAGGAGGCGUUCAAGGAGCACAGAGAUGCCGAAAAGGAGGCGUUCAAGGAGCAUAGAAAUGGAAAAGAGGAGGCGGUCAAGGAGUGUAGAAAUGGAAAAGAGGAGGCGUUCAAGGAGCAUAGAGGUACAAAAGAGGAGGCGUUCAAGGAGCGUAGAUGAGGAGAAAAGGAGGCAUUCACGGAGCCCAGAAAUGGAGAAAAAGAGGCGUUCAAGGAGCCCAGUGAUGGAGAGGAGGAGGCGUUCAAGGAGCGUUGAACAUGAGAGGGACAGAGUGAGGCGUUCAAGGAGCAAAGAAAAGGAGAGAGAACGAGGGAGGCGCUCCAGAAGCAGAGACGUGGAGAAGACGAGGAGUUCAAGAAGCAGAGAACAGCGGGACAAAGUAAAGGAGAGCCUUCCUCAGAGGACCAGACAUGACUCCUCUUCAUCUCCUUCUCCUUCUCCUCCUCCUCCUCCCAGACAGGAGAGUCGAAGUGAAAGGAGCCGAGAUGCCAACUGGAACAAAAACACGAGACACGACUCCUCGUCUCCGUCACCACCACCACCCGAGAAGGAAGGCGCGAGGAGGGAGAGGAGCGGCGAGAGGGAGCGCCGGGCCGAGAGAGAUCCGCCAUCGAGGAGUGACAACAGGAGGAGGCAGGAAAGGGAGGCGUCUCCACAGCAACACAAAAAUGACAGGAGACGGGACGGAAACCUCUCGCCAUCGCCUGUCGCCAACGGACGCCAAAAAGAACGGGAGGUAGAGAAGAGGCGGGAGGCCGACAGGGAGGUCCUGAAACAGAGAGAACAGGACAGAGAAGGAGGCAGAAGGAGAGAGGAGGUGGUCAGAUCUUCUGCAGAUGGAAGGAGAGAAGCAUCGAGACCUGCGGAGAAGAACAGGAGCGACCGAUCAGAGCAGCAGAAGGAGAAACCCGAGGAGAAGGAGGCGAAACAGGCCGAGAAAAGACGAGAAAGCAGCAGCAGCAGCAGCAGUAGUACUAGUAGCAGCAGCAGCAGUGGCAGCGACAGCGACAGCUCCUCGUCUUCCUCCUCCUCUUCAUCCUCCUCCUCCUCUUCUGAAGAUGAAGGUGAAACCAAGAAGGUCGAAUCAGCCAGCAGCCCUGAGAAAACUGCUCAGUCUGCCAUCGGAGCCGCUUUUCAGAGAUAUUUAGCAAACGGUAAGAAAGAAAGUUCUGGAGGCGACGCCAGUAGACGGAAGGAAGCAGAUAAACCUGAGAGACGAGACCAGGAGGUUCGAUCCAGAGACCAGGAGAACCGGUCCAGAGACCAGGAGAUUCGAUCCAGAGACCAGGAGACCCGGUCCAGAGACCAGGAGAUUCGAUCCAGAGACCAGGAGACCCGGUCCAGAGACCAGGAGAUUCGAUCCAGAGGCCAGGAGACCCGGUCCAGAGGCCAAGAGAUUCGAUCCAGAGACCAGGAGAACCGGUCCAGAGGCCAAGAGAUUCGAUCCAGAGACCAGGAGAACCGAUCCAGAGACCAGGAGAACCGGUCCAGAGAUCAGGAGAACCGCUCUAAAGGCCAGGAGCGCUACAGCCCCACCCAGGCUGACAGCCCCAGUCCUCCUCCAUCGCCCCUCAGAGGCAGAAGGUUCUCCCCAUCCAGGAGGCCCACCAGGUCCAGCCCAUCGGCCAGGAGGUCUCGCUCUCCUCCCCAGAGGACCUCCAACGCCUCCCCGGCCCGUCGCACUCCACCCAGACAGUACCAGGAACCACAGUCCAGGUCCAGAAGAGCUUCUCCUCCUCCUCCGACCUGGACAGACCGAGACAGACAGAGAGGCAGAGACAGAGACAGAGAGAGGGAGAGGGUUAUCAGAAGGAGCAGGACCAGGAGUCCAAGAAGGAGAAGCAGAUCAAGAUCCAGGAGUCCGAGGAGACGCAGCCCCCCCAGCAGACUUCGUCGCUCUCCUUCUCCUCAGCGACGGAGGAGAACCAGCCGAUCCCUGUCUAGAGAACGAGAGAGACCCAGACAGAGAGAGGUGGAACAGCAGAGGGAGAGAGAGAAGGAACGUCAGCAGCAGAAAGAAGUUCUUCCUCCUCCUCUUCCUCCUCCUCGCUCCUCCUCUUCAUCAUCCUCCUCCAGCUCCUCCUCAUCCUCCUCCUCCUCACCUUCACCUCCACAGGAGAAGAAAGCAGCCAAAGCAGCACCAGAGAAGAGUCGAUCCUCCAGAGACUCCUCCCACGCUCCGCCCUCAGGUAGGAGGAGCUCACUGCCCCGAAGGUCUCCGGCCGGCAGCCAAUCGGACGCCAAGCAGCCGUCGAGCAGGAAGCAGCCGUCGCCGGCGGCCCAACCGGCUCCACCUCCGGAGCAAGCGGCCAGAAAUAAGAGCGCCGUGAACGGGAAAGAGGCCGACAAGAAAGGCAGCAGCAGCUCCAGCUCCUCUUCAUCCUCCUCAUCGUCCUCCUCUUCCUCCUCGUCGUCCUCCUCCUCGGAGAGCUCAGACUCUGAGGCGGAGCAGGGAAAAGGGAAAACAGACAAAACUCAGAGCUCUCAUUCCUCGUCCUCCUCGUCUGACAACGAAAAGGAAACAGUGAAGAAGAGCUCUGUUCGGCCUCGUCGGGUUCCUGCCGAUUCUCUGAGAGACUCUCGCUCGCUCAGUUAUUCUCCUCCCAGACACUUGAGGGCAGCAGCAUCUUCGCCAAGUUGCAGAAGCGGCAGCAGACAGUCGCCGAGUCGCUCAUCAGGAGGCCGACGCCGGAAAUGAUGCAACAGCUCGGAGACGCCUCACUUCCUCCUGUUCUUCUUCUGCUGUUUGAACUGAACAUGGAGCCAGAAGAUGUGUGGAUGUCAGAACUGGCUUUUCAGUUUCUUUUUCUGAGCUGAACCAGAAGCGUUCGCAGUAACUGUCCUCUGUCCCGUUGGUUUCGUUCCACCUGUAGAUAUGAGCUGUCUGUAUUUUGGUUAUUAUUGUGCAACAGAUCCGCGAUUUCCUUUUAAUGUGAACGGAAACAUGUAGUUAAUUUCUUUGUUCAAAAUGAUUAAUAAUAAUAAAAGUCAAUUGUACAUUUUA